CAACUAGCAAUGACAAUAGAAUGUGUGGCUGCAACUGGCAGGCUCGGGAAACCUGCGCCAACAAUGUGGGUGUCUGUCUCCUGCUGACAGCUGCGGCUUAUCUUGAAUCAUCCUGCAACAGUUCAGAUUCACCGAACAAGCUCUGCUCGGAAGCUGCCAUCUCUUACAGGAGUUGUCCACAAGUCUGUUCACAAGACGUGGCUCCCUGCAACAACCACACACUCCUGGCUGACACUGAAUCACUAGCCUCCAGUCCAGAUAGCCCAGAUUUCCUGGAUGAAGAAAUGCUUGAGCACGCUGCACAUACUUCAACUAUUCCUGCAUCUUGUAGUGUCUUCAUGCCUAGUUGCCCUUCACAGGCUCUAUCAAAUGGCAUGUCUGGCAGUCUACCUGUACGAGUUCCUCCAGAGGGCCAGUACCUUUCCCCGGAUGCUGUAACUGCUCUACACAAGACGAUACGGCAGCUAGAAAACCAGUUGCGAAGUACAAAGAGAAGUCUGGCGCUUACACAGCGAAUGAAAAACAAAGCAGUCAAGGAAAAGAUCAUCCUGAAGAAACAAAGUAGUCAAUUUGUAGCCUGUGACCAGCUCCAGUGCAUGGAAAAGUCAUCGACGAGAGGCACGCGUUGGUCUCCAACAACAAUUCAAAAAGCCCUAAAGGUUCGACUGUCCUGUGGUGCCCGUGGGUAUUCUGUUGUAAAGGAACUUUGCACACCACUACCAUCUGAGCGCACCCUACAGAGGCACUUGGAAAAGAACAAAUUUUCUCCAGGCAUACUUCAUGACAUUCUGCAGUGUCUUGCUCUUAAAGUUAAGCUUAUGGAUGACCAUGAACGGCACGCAGUCAUUAUGCUGGACGAAAUUCAACUCGCACCAGGUCUAGCUCUUGAUCAGUCAACCGGCAUUGUAAUUGGCAGGCCUACCUACCAUUAGCUGAUGGGACACUGCCAGAGGAUGCCUUGGCUACGCAUGGACUAGUUUUCAUGUUAGGGGGUGCGACCACACGUUGGAAGCAGACUCUGGCAUAUCAUUUCACAGGGAA